GACCCUCUGCUAAGUUGCACGUCUUAAAACACGUGUUGAACAUUUUCAAAAACAAGAAACUGGGCUUUUUGAAGUGAAUCGGUGCUUCUGAAACAGUGUCAGAACAAUUGCCAUUGAAUAGCGUGUGACUGAAAUUUGAUACUAUCAUAUGAAGGGGUUUAAAACCAUUACCUACUCGAACAUGGCGUUCAUCUGGGCAAUCCUCUUGCCCUUGUUUGCUGUCCUAGGACAGACUGAAUCUCGUUCAUUCGUCAUUGACUACGAAAACGAUUGUUUUCUAAAAGACGGCGAGCCAUUUCGUUAUAUAUCCGGAAGCUUUCAUUACUUUCGUGUUCCGAGUUUCUACUGGAGAGAUCGACUCAUGAAGAUGAAGGUAGGCGGUUUGAACGCUGUUCAGACUUACGUUGCCUGGAAUAUUCACGAACCGGUUUAUGGACAGUACAACUUUGAAGGAGACGCGGACAUCGUGAGUUUUAUUGAGCUUGCAAACAGUCUUGGACUUCUUGUCAUCGUAAGAGCUGGUCCUUACAUUUGCGCCGAGUGGGAGUUUGGGGGUUUUCCAGCUUGGCUGUUGAAAAAUACAUCAAUAUCACUGAGGUCAAUGGAAAGCAAAGAGUACAUCAUGGCCGUAGAGAAUUGGAUGGGAGUUCUUUUACCGCGACUAAAACCGCUUUUGUAUGACAACGGAGGCCCAAUUAUUUCAGUCCAAGUGGAGAACGAAUACGGAAGUUUCCCAGCUUGCGAUCACGCUUACAUGGAACUUCUGGCACAGUUAUUCAGGUAUUAUCUAGGGAACAAUGUGAUUUUAUUUACAGUUGACGGUGACGCGGAAUCGUAUUUGCAGUGUGGCACGGUAUCGUCUCUAUAUGCAACUGUUGACUUUGGACCUAAAACUAACCCUGAGAGUGCCUUUGCUGUCAUGCGCAAAUUUUCUCCUAGGGGACCCCUAGUCAACACCGAGUUCUAUGCUGGUUGGUUAGAUAAUUGGGGAGAACCUCACCAGAUGAGGUCAGCCACAUCUAUCGCCAACACACUGGACAAAAUCUUGUCUAUGAAUGCAUCUGUAAACUUUUACAUGUAUGAGGGAGGUACCAAUUUUGGUUUUAUGAAUGGUGCGCAAUACAGUGGUUCAGUUCUUCAUCCCAAUCCCACCAGUUACGACUAUGAUGCACCCUUAACAGAGGCAGGUGACACCACCACAAAAUUCAUGAUUCUACGUGAAACAAUUUCAAAGCAUGAAGCCAUUCCUGUAAUUCCUAUCCCAGCUAAUACAACCAAGUUUGCAUAUGGCAAAGUUCAGAUGACACAAAUCUCAACAUUUCUUGAUCUUGUGCCCAAGCUUGCUGCUCCAUAUGGCCCAGUGAAUGCAACAUUUCCUUUAACCAUGGAACAGAUUGAACAGAACUAUGGGUUUGUUCUGUACAGAACUGAGAUUCCAAAGGGAUUUGCUCAAUCAACUGUUACCCUAUCUUUUACCAGUGUAGCCCGUGACAGAGCCAUUAUCUAUGUUGGAAGGGUUCGUCAAGCUACUUUGUACCGCAAUCCAAAUCAGACAGAGAUCACUCUACAUAUUGGAGAAUUCUUUCAACUUGACAUUCUUGUUGAGAAUGUUGGGCGAAUCAACUAUGGACCCUCCAUUUGUGAUCCGAAAGGAAUUGUUGGAAAUGUUACAAUCAAUGGAAAUAUCUUAACAAAUUGGCAAAUCUAUCCAAUAAAUUUGGCCAAUGUUGUUUCAAACUUGACUUCUCUCCUUCAAAAUGAAUACAACAACAAUGUUCUUGACCCUUUUGCUGCUGAUGACUUUGCACCAUCGUUUUUUCAUGGAGAGAUUCCACCAAACCCAAAAGGAAAUGCAUCUGACACAUUUCUUCAGCUUCCAGGGUGGAGCAAAGGACAAGCAUUUGUCAAUGGAUUUAACCUGGGUCGCUACUGGCCUGUAGUUGGUCCUCAGGAGACUUUAUUUGUUCCAGCCAGUGUGCUCUCACCAAAUCAACAACCCUCCUCUUUGGUUUUACUUGAACUGGAUGGUGCUCCUUGUGAAUUCCCUUCAAGCUGCUUUGUGGAAUUUGUGGCAAGCCCAUCUAUAAAUGGGACAGUUCACCCCAUAGACUGAAGUUAUGUUUGACCAUUAUGGG